GUUAUGAGCAAGCUGAAAAGAUGGAAAGAAGGUAGUAAGCUUCAAGCUACUACAAUACAAAUAUGAGCAUGCCAAUGCAAGAGAACGUGGCAUCCAACGUUUUGCUAAUGACCGUAUGUGCCAGUGCAACAUUUUAAACGUGCAGCAAUUGAUUUGUGAUGAGUGACGGGAUUUUCAAAUAGUUGGUUAUCUUGUGCAUGUCCAAGAUGCUAGUUAGCCAGCUGUAUACUUGUCCUGCCAUCACCGUCCAGAUCAGAAUGUUACCAUAUAUAGGCCUGGUAACAUAUUUUUCUGUUGCAGACCACCCGUACGCCAAUGAAAUGUAAACGAUCAUUGUCCCUUCGUAUGAGGUUGGAGGAGGACAGAUAGCAACACAGACCAGACCAAUUCACUUGCAGGCUAUUCAACCCAAAUGCAAAAAAUGUCAUCGGAGCAAGUAAUUGAAAUUGUCAUGGAUGACAAAACCUACAAUGUAAACAAAAGGAAGUUGAUAGAGAAAAGUGACUAUUUCCGUGCCCUGUACAGCUCAGGGAUGCGCGAGUCCACAGAAGAUUCGGUUCAGUUGCAGGGGCUGAGUGUUCCGGGUCUGGAGUUGGUUCUAGAGUUCAUCAACACGUCCAAAGUGCAGAUUGUCAAUGAAACACUCGAAGACUUAAUUGAAACAGCCUCUUUCCUGCAAGUCACCUCCAUCCUGAAGCUCCUCUCGUCUGAGAUAAGACUAGAAAAUUGCGUAGAACUUUUUAACCUAUCUGAGGUUUAUGGAACUCAUGAUCUUCGUAAUGCUUGCCUCAAGUACAUGAGCUGCUUCUACCACCCCAUGUUGCGAAGGCCCGAGUUCUCUAGUUUACCCACUGGCCUGCGUAACCAGGUCAAGGAGAUGCGCAUGAAAGGCACAGCUACACUGGUCGCUAUUGGGGACUUCACUUGUCUGUCCCUGGACCUGCCUGACCAGGAUGAGUCCUGGUCCAUGUUAAAGUACGGAGAGCUGGAGCAGCGCUGGAAGCCGCUCGCUAACAACCUUCCCUCGGACAUGGUCAACGUUAGAGGCUAUGGUUCGGCCGUUUUGGACAACUACCUCUUCAUUGUGGGCGGGUACAGGUUGACCAGUCAGGAGAUCUCUGCUGCCCACUGCUAUAACCCCUGUAGAAAUGAGUGGAACCAGGUGGCACCCCUGAACCAGAAAAGGUCAAACUUCAAGCUGCUGGCAGUCAGAGGGAAGCUCUAUGCUGUGGGAGGCCAGAGUCUGGGCACGGUGGAGUGUUACAGCCCAGAGCAGGACUGGUGGACCUGUGUAUCAUCGCUGCCUGACCCCCUUGCGGAGUUCUCUGCCUGCGAGUGCCAGGGCAUGAUCUAUGUCAUGGGAGGCUAUACAGCCAGAGACAGGAACACCAGUGUCCUUCGCUACUGUCCCACCUCUGACAGCUGGACAGUGUUCCGUUCUUGCUCCGCCCAUGUCCGCAAGCAGCAGAUGCUCUCGGUGGAAGAUACCAUCUACCUGGUGGGGGGGUACACUCACGAGCUGGAGCCUGGGCGGCGGCGGCCAAGCCAAACAGAGGACAUGCUGACGGUGCAGUCCUACAACGUGGCCACGGGCGAGUGGCUCCAACUGAAGGAGAACACGUCCAAGUCGGGCCUGAACCUGACCUGCACGCUGCACAACGACGGCAUCUACAUCAUGAGCCGGGACGUCAGCCUUCCCACCAGCCUGGAGCACAGGGUCUUCCUCAAGUACAAUAUCUUCUCGGACGCCUGGGAGGCCUUUCGACGCUUCCCUGCACUGGGCCAGAACAUGCUGCUCUGCUCCCUCUACCUCCCCAAUGUUCUAUGACUGGUAAAGUAAGGGCUGGGAGAGAGGUCGAUACCACCAAAUGGGUUGUUUAGACAGGAAGCUACACCACUAGAGGCUUGUUUGUGCUCCGAGAGGCUACAUGGCAAACAACCAGGAGCAGAGGUUACAGGGUAAAGAUGGCUGUUACAGAAUGCUGUAGGGUCAAAUGCCUGGUGGAUUAACACAAUCCACAGCAUACAGUUUAAAGACAGGUUAUUUAUUAUGCUAAUGAUGCCAUGAAAUAACUACUUAAUUGUGGGCAAACAGCAAUGAUGAACUGUGGCUCAGUUGGAGCAUGUAUCAUAGGAGCAUACUAUUUAGAUCCUUUGGAUCGCAUAAAGCAUUCCGUGUGUUUACAAAGCAAUGAAACAUGAUUCAAUUUUCAAACAUGUUUGUUUAUUGAAGUACACUGCAAACCUUAAAUGCAAGUUUCAGAUAUGAGAAUACUGCAACGUGUGUGUGAUAUGGAGUAACAGUCUUGGUUUUUCUUUGACAAAUGAGAUUUUUUGAUGAGAUAGGCCUAAAUGAACUUGAUAUUGGUUAAAUGAUAUGUCUUAAAAUGUAUUUUGUUAAAGGCUUAACAUUGAUAGAACUUAUGAAAUAGUAGGGAACUUAUUAAAGCUUAUCAAAGUAUAAACUUGGGUAAACUAAGCCAAGCCUAAAAUUCCAUGAAAUGGAUGAUGAAAAUGUGCCUUCUCCAAAUUAGUUUGGGAUUUUGUACGAAUAAAGCACAAAUGCAAAAGUGUUCCAUUGCCAGCAACUGACCAAAACUGCAGUUUUUUUUUCUUCAUCAAGGCACUUUAAUGAAAACAAAGACUUAAGCGCAGACGAUAGGAAAUUAGUUCUCAUUGCUUUGGGUGAUUAAUAUUCUUUGUGCAUAGCACUUACAAAUACAAUUCAGUCUACUGGUAAUAUCAUUAUAAUAAGCGCUUUUUCGCCAAAAGAUUCGAUGGAGCAGAUUGAUAUGGGUUUGUCUAUUUGCUUUGUGUUCUGAGGGAUGCUUUGGACAAAAUACAAUAAAGAAAACAGACUUCUG